UUUUACUUUAAAAACAAAGCAUAUAAAAUGGAAUGGGAACAACAAGAAAAUGAAGAAGCUUUAAUUUAUGAUGGCGGAAAUAAAGCAAAAUUGUUUGUUGUAGAUUAUGGGGAACAUAUGUUUUUGGAGGGGGAAUGGCGUUUUCGUUUAGCUUUAAAAGCAGUUCGUGAUCAAAUAAAUAAAAUUUGUUGUAUGGGGGAUUUAAGUGAAUUAUGUUCUGUUAUUUUUGUAAAUACAAGCAAUUCAAACAAUACACACAAAAUUGACUGUAUUUUUACUGAUAAAGAAUUGGGGGUAACUGAUGCUGAAUAUGUUAAAAAACUUGAUGAGAUUAUCAAUUGUGAUAAUUUAAAAGAAUUUCUUUUACCAAAAUUGGGUGAUUCUGGUAUGAGUAAUUGGGCAGAACUUUUCUUUUUGUGUCAAAGUAUGCUUACACACUCGUAUCAAAGUUGUAAAAAACGAAUUUGUUUGGAUAUUAAAUUUAUUGGGACGGAAAUUAAAGUUUUGUUAAUUGAAAAUAAAAUUGAAGAGAAUGAAGCUACACAAUUUUGGAAACAAUUAGAUCCAACAUUUUCUCGUUUUUCAAGUUUUGAAGAAAUUAGUAAACAUUUUUUCUUUUUCAAAAAUUAUUCAUUACGUUCAACUACUUCACUACCUUUUGAUCUUGGGGAUGGUUUAAAAUUAGCUGUUGGAUUAUAUCAUUUAAUUAAACCCCAAGGAAAACCUGCAGCAAUUCUUAUGGAUUCUGAAACAAAUGAAAGAGUAGAAUGCAGAACUCAUUAUUUACCAAAAGAGGAUUUAGAAGGAAAUUCAACAAAAGACGGGGAAGAAGAAAAUAAUGGAGAAAUACAGGAAUAUUUAAAUAAUGAAAAUUUUGAAGGAGAAAUUAAUUUUUCUAAAAAUGUUGGGGGUGUUAAUGUUGUUUUGGAUAGAGAAGAAUUGGAGAAAUUGAGACGAUUUGACCGGCCUGGGAUAACAGUUAUUGGAUUUAAACCUUUACAUUUAUUAAAGCCUUCACAUAGAAUGAGCCCAGCAAAGUUUAUUUACCCUCUUGAUGAUUUAGUUUCUGGAAGUUCUAUUCUCUACAGAGUAUUAUUAAAGCAAUGUUUGGAAAGAAAUCUUUUUAUACUAGUUAGAUAUACACAAAAACCAAAUACAACACCUCAAAUUUGUGCUUUAGUUCCUCAAUCAAUGGGAGAGGGAAAUGAAGGAAAUAAUUCUCUUAGCGAACAUUUAUAUGAAGGAUUUCAUUUACUCGAAUUACCGUUUACUGAAGAAGCUAGAGAUUUGAGAGCUUUUGAUCGUUACAAACCCCCACCAAUUCCAGCUAGUGUUAUUUGUUCCUCUGAAAAUAUUAAAGAACAACAAAUUUUGGCGGCAGAAGAAUUUGUUGAUAAAUUAACGACUCGUUUUGAGCCUGAUCAAUUUUUUAAUCCAAUGUUACAAAGACAUUACAAAACUGUUGAAAGUGUUGCUUUAGAUUUGGAUGUCGAAAAUUUUGCUGAAGAGGCAGAGAAAUUGGACAAAAUACGUAAGUCCUCCAAAAUCGGGAAUUCUCGACGUUUUUUGGGUCGGGAAUCUAAUUUUUGUCGGCUAGAUCCCUGGUUUGUAUAUAACUAA